CACCCUGCCCACUGCUUCCCCUCUGUCUCCCUCCCCUACUCUUCUUACUGUAGAUUAUAAACCCUGAAAGACUAUGGACCCACGCAAUCACACGACUUUGCAUGUUUUCAUCCUGCUUGGCUUCUCUGACCACCCUCACCUGGAAAUGAUCCUCUCCGGAGUUGUCACCUUCUUUUACAUUAUUACGCUGGUGGGUAACACUGCUAUUAUUCUUGCAUCCCUCCUGGAUCCUCAUCUCCACACACCAAUGUACUUUUUCCUCAGGAAUUUAUCUUUCCUGGACUUGUGUUUCACAACAAGCAUUGUCCCUCAGAUGCUGGUUAACUUGUGGGGACCUGAAAAGACCAUCAGCUCUGUGGGNUGUAUUAUUCAGCUCUAUGUAUAUAUGUGGCUGGGCUCCAUUGAGUGUCUGCUCCUAGCUGUCAUGUCCUAUGAUCGUUUCACAGCUAUUUGUAAGCCCUUGCAUUACUUUGUAAUCAUGAAUCCACGUCUGUGUAUCAAGAUGAUACUCAUGGUCUGGGGUAUUAGUUUGGCCAACUCUGUANUAUUAUGCACACUCACUGUNNAUUUGCCUCGAUGUGGACACAACAUNCUGGACCAUUUCCUGUGUGAGUUGCCAGCCAUGGUCAGGAUAGCUUGUGUAGACACCACAANAGUUGAAUUGUCUGUUUUUGCUCUAGGCAUUGUCAUUGUCCUUACACCUCUCAUCCUUAUUCUUAUUUCCUAUGGCUACAUAGCCAAAACUGUGCUUAACAUGAAGUCAAGGGCAGGGCAACAAAAAGCAAUGAAUACCUGUGGAUCUCAUCUCACUGUGGUCUCCAUAUUCUAUGGAAGUAUUAUCUACCUGUACCUACAACCCGGUAACAGGGCCUCUAAGGACCAGGGCAAGUUCCUCACCCUCUUUUACACCAUCAUCACUCCAAGUCUCAACCCCCUCAUUUACACCCUAAGAAACAGAGACAUGAAAGAUGCACUGAAAAAACUCAUGAGGUUUUGCCACAGAUUUGCCGAAGUAAGGAGAAACUAGAAGCCAUGGAAAAGUAUUGGAGAGAACAAAGCAACAAAGGAAGUUGUGU